AUGAUUUAUCAUGAUUUAGAUCACAUCGGUCUUUUCUUUGCUAGUGUAUCGGAUGAUGGCUCAGAUUGGUCGACCAUCUAUUUUAUGAGUGAUGCAUCUCGUAAAAAAUUAGAUGAUGUUAUAAUUCGAACAAAAUUUUCAUCGUUACGUUGGACAACAGAUAAUCGUAGUAUUUUCUAUGCAACUUAUGCAGGUGCUCUAGAUAAUACUGCAUCGAACAACAAUUCAACUACUUCUACAGAAAAGGCAAAAGAUAAGUCACAAAAUGAAGUGACAUCAGCAACUAUUGAAGUAACUCAUAAUGACAUUCAAGAAGUUUAUUUUCAUUUACUUGGCACAUCUCUUGAAACAUCUGAUGAUGAACAAUAUUUAAUUGUUAGUAUAUCAAAAGAUAUAUUAUGUGAAAAUAAAUUUUGGUUUCUUUCAUUAUCAAAUUCAUCGAAUUCAAUUGUUGAACAACGAAGUUGCGCGAAAUUAAUUAAUCAUAUGGAUUUUGUUUAUGAUUGUGUCACAUGA